CCGCAGCCCCAGAGAAUGAAUGAAAUUGGAAUAGCAGCUACAUUACAUGUACAAUACCGAGCUCUGCGGUGUUGCAUUCUAUCAUACUACAUCAAAAUGGCCACAGCGGUGCAGAACCCCCUCAAAUCGCAAUCUGGAGGUGCAGUCAUCAAGAACAGUCUUGGUGAGGAGUUCUACAAGGAGGCCAUCGAACACUGCCGCAGCUACAAUGCCCGUCUGUGCGCCGAGCGCUCCAUGCGCCUCCCCUUCCUGGACUCCCAGACCGGCGUGGCCCAGAGCAACUGCUACAUCUGGAUGGAGAAGAACCACCGCGGACCAGGUCACGCUCCGGGUCAGCUGUACACAUAUCCCGCCCGCUGCUGGCGCAAGAAGAGACGGCUAAACAUCCUGGAGGAUCCGCGGCUCGUACCCAUCGAGUUCAAGAUCGACUACGAGGCUUCUCUGAAGAAGGAGGGCGGCAUCCCGGACGGCCCCGUGCUGGAGUCGCUGCUCGCCGGGGAAACCCUGGACAAGAAGGUAGAAACCAAGGAAGAAGAGCCGAUGAGCGAGUGUCAGAAGCUGCUGGUCGGGGAUUUCCCUCACGAGCUGGAGGUGGACGAGAUAGAGGAAGACGUCCCGAAACGCAAGAACCGUACCAAAGCACGGGCCUACGGCGUCGGCGGCAUGAGGAAGAGACAAGAGCCGGCUGCGAUUGAAGACAGAGACAAGCCUUACGUCUGCGACAUCUGUGGAAAGCGCUACAAGAACCGCCCGGGGCUGAGUUACCAUUACACUCACACACACCUGGCAGACGAGGAGGGGGAAGAGGACUCGGAGCGACACACGCUACCCUUCCAGCGCAAGAACAACCACAAGCCCAAGAAAGCGCCAGACGGCUCGGUGAUCGCCAACGGCUACUGCGACUUCUGCCUCGGAGGCUCCAAGAAGACGGGCUGUCCCGAAGACCUUAUCUCCUGUGCGGACUGUGGACGCUCAGGCCACCUGUCCUGUCUGCAGUUCACAGUGAACAUGACGGCUGCGGUGAGGACUUAUCGCUGGCAGUGCAUCGAGUGCAAGUCCUGCAGCCUGUGCGGCACCUCUGAGAACGACGACCAGCUGUUGUUCUGUGACGACUGUGACAGAGGCUACCACAUGUACUGUCUGAGCCCCCCCAUGUCCGAACCGCCGGAGGGGAGCUGGAGCUGUCAUCUGUGUCUGAGACACUUGAAGGAGAAGGCCUCAGCCUACAUCACCCUCACUUAAUCCGCGGAGCAGCGCCUCAUCCUCUCGGCCCUCAUCCUUCCCCCACCGUCGCCCCUCCUCCGUGCCUCAGCUCGACUCCCCCCCCACUCGCCCCCUGACUCCCCUCCUCUUCCUCCCCUCAUCUAUUUGUCGCCGCAGCUUCCUCCAGAAUCCGUCCCGGUGACCUCUGACCCGACGGAGCGCACAGCAACCCCUCAGCGCAGCGACCUUUUUCCGAGCGCCUCUCCAGCCGCAAACCCGACCUCCGUCCUUUCUGGGGGGGUUCCACAUCGACGCGCCCUAAUGCUUGACCUGACCCCCACCCCCUUUACUGAAAACGGAACCCAUCAGCCGGCAAUGUGUUUGCCAGCAAGACACACACACACACACACACACACACACACACACUGGCCUGCCGAGAGUACUUCAGAGGUACACUGCUCCACAAGAACCCUCUUAAGGGGCCUCGGAAGAGCCCUAAUGAUCCUCACCUGCAGCUCAGUCAAGUAGCGAGUGAGAAUUACUAAGACGGACGGGUGUCGGGCUGAGGACGGGGUUCGGGGGACCCCGGGUGACACACGGAGCAGUAGGUUUCUGUGAAAUGUACACCUAACCGAAAUUGAAUUUACUCCCUGCGUCCUCUCCCUCUUGUACAGAGCCGAGACGUUGAACUCCGCUCCGCUGUUUGUGCGCGGGGGGCUCGCUGCCCCUCUGCGAUUUUCAAAAGAGGGGGCGAGUUGUACAGAAUUCAGACUGAUUCUCCAUCCGUGCAGUCUUCAAGACGCAACAGUGAGCCUCUGGCCAGGAACUCAGACCAUCUUCGAGCUCGCCGCCUCCUCUCUCCUUGCACGAGGCUCCCACUGAUGAACGGUGCGUUCUUUCGGGCAUCGUUGCCGGGAGGUGUCGGAUCGCUCUCCAAUCAGCCGAUCGGUGUGUUUAAAAAUGACAAUUUAGGCUCAGCGUCGCUCACAAAUCCUCGACCUGAACUUGGGUCGGCCGUCUAUGAAUCAGUGACUGUGACGCCAAUGUGGGACUGGAACACUGCUCGAGCUCGGCGUGCGUUACCUGUGUGUGAAGAAUGUAGGAUUGACGUGUGGACAAUGCAGAACUUUCUCUGGCCCACGCUGAGGCCUAAAAAAAAACAUAUUUUUUAUGAUUCCUUUUUUAUUUAAGAUGUUUUUUUUUCUUCUUCCCAUGUGCAUGUUGUUAUUUGAAUUGUUUGUGUAGACUUUUAUUUGAAAUGGAAAGGAAAGCACACUUAAUUCGCAAUAAUGUGUUUAUGAUAUGAACUAUUUUGGCCAAA